AGCAACCGCAAUAGCAACCGCAACAGCAACCGCAUUUACUCCAUAUAUGUUUUGAUAUAGGUGAAAGGUGUCGCCCCCCCUCUUGCCUUGUUCAACCGCAUCUAUAAAAGAAAAGACAACACCGGCAUUUUGCAUCCAAGCUGUCGUCGUCUAGGAAGGUCUAGCAAACUGAACCCGCUCCUACACCCAUUCGCUCGCUUCAUCUAGCACAGAGAUCUACCUUGAUCCCUCGUGCUUUGAUUCACUUCUUUCGUUCAACUUUAAUAUUUUACGGCAUUUUCAAUGGCUGGCCCAGGUGGUGGUCCUCCGCGACGCAGUCACACCAAGUCGCGCAAGGGCUGCGAGAACUGCAAACGUCGACAUAUUCGAUGUGACGAGAACUUUCCUCAAUGUCGUAACUGUACCAAGCAUAAGGUCCGAUGCCCGUAUAACGACGUGCCGGUUCCCGAUGAGAGAGCGGCUACGCCCGACAAGCCCGAUCUGAUGUGGACUCCCGAGAUCGAGGCCGCCGUCGAGCAGUGGCAGCGAACUGGCGUUUUCCCGUUCCCAAGCCUCAACAUUUACCCAGCGCCGGCACCUCAAUACUUUUCGGUCGAAGACCUUCGGCUGAUCUUCCAUGUUGCCGCCAUCUGCAAUGAAAUGAGCGCCAUGGAUGCUAAUGGGUUUACUCUUUGGACCCGCCAAAUCCCCACGAUUCUUAAGAUUGGCGCUACUCAUGGUUAUGUUAUGCAUGCCUUACUUGCUUUCUCGGCUGAGCACAUCGCAUUUUUGACCAACUGCCCUCACGUGGGUAGUAUGGGCUACGAACAUCGUGGUGUUGCGUUCAAAGGGCUGCAGGAAGCUAUAGGAUCGUUCUCGCGGGAAAAUUCUGACGCCGUCCUGGCUGCCUCGCUUGUACUCUCGUGGCAGGCCACAGAUUGGCGAAGCUGGACCCAAUUGAUGCAAGGAACCUCGUCCGUGAUUGAUGCUAUGGAACCAUGGAAGCACGAAUCUCAAUUCGGAGAGUUUAUCGCCGAGAGUAGCACGUUCCCAACGGCACCGCCAUCCCCGACCCCUGACCAUAAACCUCAUCAGCCACGCAAGGAAGACCUUGAUGCGUUCCAGCGUACCAUUAAUCAGAUCACCAAGGUUGAAGCCCACCUAAAGCAGAACAAGGAAGAUCCCCAGCUAGCGACGCAGCUAGUAUGCUUCCUUAAGGGUGCCCGCAAAGUCAGCCCCAUUCAGUCGAUUGAGGAUCAGUUCGAUCGACUUAGGCCACUCCGAACUUGGCUCUUUUGGCUUCCUGUGAUGUGCUUCAAACAAAAUGGCACGUCCCCAAGUGCUCUGGUUGUCGUUGCACACUACUACACUGCUGCAAUGAUGAUGGAACGCCUCUUCCCCGAAAUUGGUGCUGCAUACUUCGGCAGUCUUGCGAUUGGACCGGUGGAGGAAAUUGCUCGACGACUACUCUCUAUCAACGUUUCGGGGAGCCUCGAAGGAGAUUCGCAGACACCGCUCACACUCAUGGAAUUCCCGAUCGAUACUGUUAACGAGUUCCGAUCCCGCAUGGGCUGGGUUCAACCGGCUCGUACACACUCGUUCCCACAGUUCGACCCACCCAACUUUUUCAUGAGUGAGAACAUGUCGCAAAGCACAUCGCCUCCAACUACUUCGUACUUGCCCUAUGAGGACAACCCUGCGUUUAGCUGGAGCACCGAAGAUCUUUCUAUCAUGGCACCGGAACAGGAGUCCAGGAACUCGAUCAGUUCCCUCGGUAUUAAUUCGCCAUAUUCGAGUCAGCAAUACCUCAACAUUCCAUCGCCAUCGUACGGAGGAUACAGUCCCGUGUCUUCGACCUUUGGUGAAGGUUCCGUUGCGUACAGCGAUCACGAAGAAUUCGGCUCGUGGGACUCUGGGCUGACGGCCUAUCCGCCUCUUGGCUCUGCUGGAGCCAGCAACUUUGGUGUCGGGUUCGUCUCUCCAAUCCAGACCGUGUGGAUCUAAACUCUGGAUUACCACAUCGGCUCUCCGUUUGAUAUGGAAGAGGACAAAAGUUGAUUGACCAUACCCCUCAGGAACAACAAUGUCCAGCGCCUCGCAUCUUCGUCCUCAGGAUACCUUCCCCUUGAGGUUCCCACACACCAGCAGGAAUCGGCUGGCUCGUACUCUCCAGCCUUUCACAAUGCGCCGUCCCCGUUCCUGAAUCCAGAGCAAUGGUACAG